GAAGUUCCUGUCCGUUGACCUAGAAUCGUCUUCCGUCGGUGUGAUGUUGGAAGGAUCGUGAAUAUUUCUCCUCCAAACCAGAAAAUAACCGAAUAUCCGCGGCUGCGCUUUGGAGAUCAUAUUUAUUUAAAACGCCGGAGUGAACGAGAGCCGCUCGUUAGCCUUUAGCAUUCAGCAAGCUGUGUCCAGAUGUGACUCCGUGUGUGACAGCCGCCGCCGCCGUCCACCAUGAGUAACAGCCACCCUCUACGUCCCCUGGCCUCCGUGUCAGAGAUCGACCACAUCCACCUGCUGUCGGAGCAGCUGGGAGCGCUGGUGCUCGGUGAGGAGUACAGCGAUGUCACCUUCAUCGUGGAGGGGAAGCGCUUCCCGGCGCACCGGGUCAUCCUGGCGGCUCGCUGUCACUAUUUCAGGGCCCUGCUGUACGGUGGCAUGAAAGAGUCCCAGCCCCAGGCGGAGGUGUGUCUCGAGGAGACUCGUGCCGAAGCCUUCUCCAUGCUGCUAAACUACCUGUACACGGGGCGUGCCAGCCUCAGCUCCGCCCGGGAAGAGGUGCUGCUCGACUUCCUGGGCCUGGCUCACCGUUACGGCCUCCAGCCGCUGGAGGACUCCACCUCCGAGUUCCUCCGCACCAUCCUGCACACCAACAACGUCUGCCUGGUUUUCGAUGUGGCCAGCCUGUACUCUCUGAGUGCGCUUAGUGCGGCCUGCUGCGCCUACAUGGACAGACACGCACCUGAAGUUUUGAAUUCGGAUGGCUUCCUCAUGCUGUCCAAGACUGCCUUGCUGACCGUGGUCAGGCGGGACUCGUUUGCCGCCAGCGAGAAGGAAAUCUUCCAGGCCUUGUGUCGUUGGUGCCGGCAGCACGUGGAUGGGGCCGACACCCAGGAAGUGAUGGCAGCGGUGCGGCUGCCCCUCAUGACGCUGACAGAGAUGCUGAACGUGGUGCGACCGUCCGGCCUUCUGAGCCCAGAUGACCUGCUGGACGCCAUCAAGACCCGCUCAGAGAGCCGCAACAUGGACCUCAACUACCGCGGCAUGCUCAUACCAGAGGAGAACAUUGCCACCAUGAAGUACGGAGCUCAGGUCGUGAAGGGGGAGCUUAAGUCUGCGCUGCUGGACGGAGACACCCAGAACUACGAUCUGGACCACGGCUUCUCCAGACAUCCCAUCGAGGAGGACGGCAGAGCCGGGAUCCAGGUCAAACUCGGCCAGUCGUCCAUAAUCAAUCACGUCCGCCUGCUUUUGUGGGACAGAGACAGCCGGUCCUACUCCUACUACAUCGAGGUAUCUAUGGAUGAGCUGGACUGGGUGCGCGUCGUGGACCAUUCCAAGUAUCUCUGCCGUUCCUGGCAGAAUCUCUACUUCACACCACGAGUCUGCAGGUACGUUCGCAUCGUGGGAACACACAACACGGUCAACAAGGUCUUCCACCUCGUGGCUUUUGAAUGCAUGUUCACCAACCGCUCCUUCACCCUGGAGAGCGGCCUUUUGGUGCCCGGUGAGAACGUGGCGACCAUCGCGUCCUGUGCCAGCGUCAUCGAGGGUGUGAGCCGUAGCAGAAACGCCUUGCUCAACGGCGACACGCGCAACUACGACUGGGACUCCGGCUACACGUGCCAUCAACUGGGCUCUGGAGCAAUCGUCAUCCAGCUGGCUCAGCCUUACUCCAUUACAUCCUUGAGGCUGCUGCUGUGGGACUGUGACGAGCGCUCCUACAGUUAUUACAUCGAAGUCUCCACCAACCAGCAGCAGUGGACGAAGGUGGUGGACCGCACCAGGGUGGCAUGUCGAUCAUGGCAGACAUUGAAGUUUGAUAAGCAGCCUGCUUCCUUCAUACGUAUCGUUGGGACUCACAACACUGCUAAUGAGGUGUUCCACUGUGUUCACUUCGAGUGCCCGGCUCAGCUGGACACGGAGGUUAAUGAAGGCAGCCCGGGCCUGGACUCCUCCGAUUCUGGGACCGCCUCCCAGCAGCCGCGACCCCAGCGACCUUCGCGCACGCACAGCCUGCUGCCCUCCCAGCCCACCUCCUCGUCCUCGUCCUCGUCCUCGCAGUCCCAUCUUUAAGAGCCCCGUCGCCCGCCGCCCCCCACCCCUUUUAUUGGAAGGUGUUGAGAGGAAGGGAGACCUCAGAAUGCCAUUUUGCACAGCCUCCAUCAUCCAGACUGCACUGCUACAACGCUGCUAAAGGCGAUCGUCUCAUUGUCAUAACCCAUGGUUCGUCUGUCAUAAGUGCAACAUUAGAGACUGGUAUAUCUGUAGCAGCAGUAUUUAGGGCUCCAGUCUUCCCAGUUUUGAAGCAGAAAGUUAGGUAUUACAUCCACUGGCUCAUACAUUUUUGUGAAGGUACUUUUUAGCUACUAAGACUCAAGUUUUUUCCAAAAUCAUGACAGUGGAAUCUUUACUUCUCCAAAGAUGAGGCACACACUGAACUGUGGUGAUACUGUACCACCAAAGAGCAGUAA